AUGAAGAACCAGUCAAUGGAAAACUUUAUUCUAGUGGGGUUGACAGAUGACCCACAAUUACAAAUUGUGGUCUUCUUCUUUCUAUUUCUUAACUAUUUGUUCAGUACAAUGGGGAAUUUCGUUAUUAUCCUACUUACCCUGCUGGAUGCACGUCUCAAGACUCCUAUGUAUUUCUUUCUUAGAAAUUUUUCAUUUUUGGAAAUUCUAUUCACAACAGUGUGCAUUCCCAGAUUCUUGAUAACCAUUGUGACUAAAGACAAAACCAUUUCUUACAAUAAUUGUGCAGCGCAAUUAUUUUUUAUCCUUUUACUGGGCGUUACAGAGUUUUAUCUUCUGGCUGCUAUGUCCUAUGACCGUUAUGUAGCCAUCUGCAAACCACUGCAUUAUCCCAUCAUCAUGAGCAGCAGAGUGUGCUACCAACUUGUGCUCAGUUCUUGGGUAACGGGAUUCCUGAUCAUCUUUCCCCCUUUAGUCAUGGGACUCAAGCUGGAGUUUUGUGCUUCAAGAAUUAUUGAUCACUUUAUGUGUGAAACAUCGCCUAUCUUACAGAUAUCUUGCACAGACACCCAUGUCCUCGAAUUGAUGUCUUUUAUCUUAGCUGUGGUGACUCUUGCUGUCACUUUGGUGCUGGUGAUUCUGUCUUACACCUACAUCAUUAAGACCAUUCUGAAAUUCCCCUCUGCCCAGCAAAGGACCAAAGCAUUUUCUACUUGUACUUCUCAUAUGAUUGUUGUCUCCAUGACUUAUGGUAGCUGUAUAUUUAUGUAUAUAAAGCCAUCUGCUAAAGAAAGGGUGACAGUAUCCAAAGGUGUGGCGUUGCUGUAUACUUCAAUUGCUCCUUUACUAAAUCCCUUUAUUUAUACUUUAAGGAAUCAACAGGUGAAAGAAGUCUUCAGAGAUGUAUUACAAAAGAUGUUAUGUUUUCCAAGAAAGUGA